CGAACUCAUUUCUUCAUUUCAUCGCUGAGUUCGGAUCUCAGAUUCAUCGGUUCCGAUCGAUGGCCGAGAAGGUGGUGAUAAUGGCGCUGAAGGUGGACCUUCAGUGCUCCAAAUGCUACAAGAAGGUGAAGAAAGUGCUCAGUAAAUUCCCUCAAAUUCGAGACCAGAUUUAUGAUACCAAGGCUAACACGGUGACGAUCAAGGUGGUCUGCUGCGAUCCUGAGAGGCUCCGGGACAAGUUGUGCUGCAAGGGUGGCGGAUCCAUCAAGAGCAUUGAGAUCAAACCGCCGCCAAAACCGCCGGCACCGGCGAAACCGAAAGAACCAGAGAAGCCGAAAGAGCCCGAAAAACCUAAAGCUCCCGAAAAGCCGAAAGAACCGGAAAAGCCGAAAGAACCCGAGAAGCCCAAAGAACCAAAGAAACCGGCACCACCACCAGCUCUACCUCCAGCGCCGCCACCAGCUCAGCCUCCAGCGCCGAAUCCUCCACCGCCCAUGGGAUGCUGUUGCACGGAAUGUUAUCAUGGGAUUCCAGGGGGACCAUGCUAUUACGGCGGACCACCUCCACCACCGGUGGCGCGUUACGAGAGUUACGGUAGGCCGGUUUACGAUAGCUGGGGCGGGUACAACUACUGCUACACCAAACGGCCGGGCGAAUGCUUUAGCGACGAGAACCCAAACGCGUGCUCAAUCAUGUAAUGUAAAAGCGGCGGCACACGAGUCAAUUUCAUCUCUGAUAAUAAUAACGACGAACAUGUGUAGAUUAAUAA